AUGCUGGACGUCAACGAUGACUUUGAUCAGCUGGAAAGAAGAUUCGAGCAGCAGUACGAGGUGACAGAGCCAAAGGUGCUUGGAGAGGGCACCUACGGAAAGGUGUACAAGGCGGUCCGCAGACAAAACGGCCAGGUAGUGGCAAUCAAGCGGAUAAAGCUUAACCCAGAUGAUGAUGAGGGCAUCCCGAGCACUGCUCUUCGCGAAGUGGCUGUGCUGAAGGAGCUGGACAGUGAGUUUGUGGUGAAGCUGUUUGAGGUGUUUUGCUCGCCCAACAAGCUGGUCCUGGUUUUCGAGCUCAUGGAGAAUGACCUGAGGAAGUACAUGAAGUCGGUGAAGGGCGUGUUGCAGCCGAGAGACAUCAAGAGCCUCUGCUGGCAGCUGGUGAAGGGACUGGAAGUCUGCCACGCGAGGCGGAUCAUCCAUAGGGACAUCAAGCCUCAGAAUCUGCUCAUCGACCACCACCUCCGGCUGAAGCUCGCGGACUUCGGCCUCGCGCGGGCCUUCGUGGUGCCAGUGCCCAAGUACACUCAUGAGGUGGUGACGGUCUGGUACCGCGCCCCAGAAAUCCUCCUGGGCUCGAGCAUCUACAGCAUCGGUGUGGACAUGUGGGCCGUUGGCUGCGUCUUUGCCGAGAUGGCCACAGGCUCGCCGCUGUUCGCGGGCGACUCUGAGAUCGACACCAUCUUCAAGAUCUUUCAGAAGCUUGGCACGCCCACCGACGACGUCUGGCCUGAUAUCCGAGAGCUUCCAAAUUUCAAGCCGAACUUCCCUUCCUGGAGGCCGAAAGGUUGGCAGAACAUCCGCAACACCAAGACCCAGGUGGGAGAGAACGGCAUUGACUUGCUCGAGAAGUUCAUGGCCUACGACCCGAAGCAGCGGUGGCCAAGUCCUGAGCCUUGCGGUUUCGAGCAGAGCGGUGUGCCCCUGGUGGCAAGAGAGAUGCGAAACGCCGUGAAGCAUCGAUUCGAAGGCCGAAGGGCGAUGGGUUUGCAGCCAAAGCUCGCCGAGUCUAUGCAGGCAACAACCGUUGCGCGCAUUGACAAGGGAGACAUGCUUCUUCUUUGCAACCCGGCGAGAAGAGGCCGCAGCGGCGAGUCCGAAUCGACGGCAUCCCCGCGGGAUGAGCCUCUGCUGUGGAAUCCGCUCUUGCUGGACGCCCACGAGCUUCUGCCAGGUCACAACAUCGAGCUGAGCUGGGAUCCGAUCGGGCUAAGAGUGUUGCAGCAUGACUGUGAGGAAUCUGCGACAGAACCUGGGCUCGACUUUCUGGGGAAGCCUCCAGGGCUCGAAGAGUGUGCUGAAGGCCCGGACUUCAUGCAAGACUUCUGGAGUCGAUCAACCACUGCAGGAACUACUGACAGUUGCAAUGACCCGGUGGCGAAUGACAUCUUGGCAUCCGAGAUCGCCAGUGUCCUGUACAUGAUGCAAACAGGAAAACGCACUGCACCCUGGGUGGCAGACUCCGUCAAACAGAGGACUCGACUCCAAGUGAGGGGGUCACCUUUCUGGCCGUCCCCAGGAAAUCUGUUUACCUUCGGACCAGGCCAGGCGCAUUUCUGCACCUGGUGUGGGUCGGCAAGGAUGGUGUAUCACAGAUUCUGCCCUCACUGUGGAGUUCUGUAUCCAGAUCCCAGCAUGCAGACAUUUGAUGCAGAGCCAGAGAGGGGAUUGGCAUAUGCCUUUACUUCUCACAGUUGAAGACGGACAACAUUUGAGUUAUUUUGGGUCUGUCUGGGAUGCCAUCCUAUCAGACUUGAAUAAUUGCCACUUUUUAAUGCGUGUGCAGCGUUGCUUUUGCAGCUGCCACUGUGAAGAGGACGCGUUUGUGAAUUCUUUGGGCUCAUUCGAGCCGUUUGGGAAGCAAUAGGUACAGAAUCAGCUUCCAAGAAGGUAGCGAACUCAUUGGCCUUGACUUUUGCACAGGCAUUGUUUGAGGCUUCACGCAACGCCAUGCAAGCCACUUCAAUGCGGAAAUGUGCUUGCAGUUGAGCAGGAUGUUGAACCUGAUCGCUGCAUUUGGCCGAGAGCUGAGCUGGGGCACAUCUUUCGCCAUUGCCAUCGAUGACAGAGUGCCAGCAUUUUGCGUAGCCUGGUGGACGGAAGCGUUUGAAGGGGCUGCCGUUUGUCUGCUGCAUCCGAGCCUUAUCCAUUUCUUCCUUUGGGACCAAGUUCUUGUAGGGCCUGGUGCUCAUAUACUCUCGCAGUCCUUGGCAGUACGGCUACGAAUGAUGAUUGCUCCAUCUUGAACAAUUGUUUGGCGUGGCAAUUCAAGGGAUCAUUCUAGCAAUUCCUGCCAUUGUUCCUGACUGCAUACCCCACAUUUUAUAAGGAGGAAUACCAUCCUCAAGCCAACAAAACACAUGGCAAAACUUACUUUCUCCUUGAAUUCC